GUUAGAUGAGAGAAUGCUGCUUAUAUCAGUAUGCUGCGUGGGUGCUUGUUAUGACAAUAUUAUUUUACAACAUCCGGUGUAAAAGUUGAAGUAAAGCGGAAGACAAAAACCUCUCUUUAUUCUGACUGGUUUUGAACAACAGAGAGUACGAAGUUCAUUAUCAACAACAGAUUAUUUAUCCAUUCUACAAAAGUAUUUGUACAAAGGGGCGUGCGGUGUUAACACUGAUUCAAUACAAGAGAACCUGCAUUGUUGGAGCGUUUUCAAUUGAUGAUUCAAAGUGAAGAAUUUUGACAUCCAACAGGUUUAUCACAACUGAUUAGCGUGAUCCAAACUUAAUCAAACGGAAAUCGAAAUGGGAAACAUUGUUUGGAACUUGUGCCGCAUUAUCCUCCUGGUUGUAACAAUUCAGCUACAACCCGCUAUGACGCUUCACGAAGACCUCAGCAGCCUAUGUUUGAGACCAAUAGGAUCCGAACAUUUUAAAACUCUGAUACCAAACAUAUCAUACAGAGCGACACCUUACCCAUAUGUGACAAAAGACACCAAUAUAACAUUGGAAUGUACCGGCUCGGUCAAGAUUAACUCCCCAAACCAAGGAUAUAUGACAAGGGUGAAAUUUCGUAAGAACAAUAAUGACCUACACAAAUGUGAAGUUGGAGAAGUUCUUCGUUUUAAAACACUCUCCUGCAGUGUUACAGUCACUGGGGUUACCAAAGACGAUAAAUUCAUGUGUCUUCUUACUGCAAGUAAAGCGCCAUGUAACGCAGCUCGAUUGAGCUUUCGCAUUGAAAAUAGACUUCCCAAGCCAAAGAACAUUUAUCUUGAGAAGAUCACUCCGAAAGAAGCAGUGCUUAGAUGGGAAAAGAUUUCUGCGAACGCAACAAUCUAUGGUGUUUUGUUGGGAUACAAAUUGACGCUAUUUGGAAUGAAAAGUGAAGAGAACAUCACUUUAGCAAACGAUACUAAUUACGUUGUGUUGACGGACUUAAAUCCAAAAUCAAAUUAUACCCUCUCGGUACGUGGUUUUACAAAAUAUGGUGAUGGAUGUACGCUGUUCUACAACUUUGUGUCACUAGAUCGACUUCCAAGGCCAAAUAAUAUUCACCUUGCAAAGAUAACCUCCAAAGAAGCAGUAAUUAGAUGGGAAAAGAUUUCUUCAAAACCAAAAAUAAACGGUGUUUUACUGGGAUACAAGUUGAUUCUAACCAGCCGAAAAAGAAAACUAAGUUUCAUAUCAGCAAAUGAUACCAAUCACGUCGUGUUUUCUGACUUAGCUCUAAAAUCAAAUCAUACCCUUUCAAUACAUGGGUUCACACAGUAUAGUGAUGGUUAUGCUGUAUUGUACAACUUUUCAACAUUAGAUAUGAUUCCUGCGCCAAAAAAUGUUCAGGUUCUUAUCUUGUCCAAAACUUCAGUUGGCAUCCAGUGGUUUCUCGUGCAACAACGUGAGGAAAAAUACGAUAAAAUCUUUGGUUACAGAGUAAAUGUGAGAAACGCAACACAUUCUUUCCAAAUCGACACUUUAAGUGUAACCUAUUCUGUGGUUCUCAGGCGUCUUUCACCCGAUGCAAAUUAUAGUGUAUCAGUUUUCGGCUUUGGUAAUGGAACAAAAGGAAUUUCAAGUAAAUGGAUACAUUUUAAAAUAAAUGAUCGUGAUGAGAAAUCUGAAGGUGACAAUACAGGAGCAAAAAGCAAAGAUGCGAGAAACUUUACUUUGACAAUAGUCAUUGUUUUGAUCGUUGGAAUAAUAGCCGGUGCGAUAUUUGUUCUCAUUGCCGCUUAUCUCUUGACAAGACACGAACGAAGAGUGGCAAAAUCACAGAAUAUCACAGCAGUGAAAUUUUCGCAGAACGACAAAGCAGUGAAAUUUGCCGUCAAUCCAGCUAAUAACAUACAUUAAGAGACAAAAAGUUUACAUACACAAGGUGGUUUAAUUUCAGGUCAACUUUUGCAUGGUAGUUUAUACAACUUUAAAAGGACAACCACCGGUCGAUUCAUAAUUUUCUUAUAAUCUCAUAAUACCUGCGAUUUUUGUAAUUAUUGUCAUUUUGUUGCAAAAUCAACAGUCUAUAUAAGAAAAUCUUUCCGAGGUCUGUAUGAAGAAUAUCUUUCCGAGACUUCAUAAUACUGAACACGCGCAUAAUGAUAUUAUGCUACAAAUAUCACAGCUUGCUUCUGCAAGAGAUUAUUUACUUAUUUCGCAAACAAUUGUUCUGCUGUCAUCCAAACAUGUGUUGAUCAAACGUUAGGAAAACUAGAGUUUUAAUUUGAUUGAUGGUGUUACAGAUGCUUGCGGCAUUUCUGGCAAAACAUAUUUACAACAUUGAAACGUUAAACGAAAAUAUUGGCCUAAUAUUCCCUCUUUUCGUAUGCAUCUAUAAUGUCGAAUAUUGGAAACACAAAAUGACAAAAUAAUUUAACUUUGCCACUAAUUGCGCGUAUUUCGCUUUUAAACCAUUGCCACAUUUGUAUUCAAUACAAAGUAGGCAAAUAUAGUAAUAUACCUUUGUUUAACCCCGAAAUAACAGAUGACAUAUUUACGAACUUGAAACAUAUCGUCAAUUAUUCUUAUGCCAAUUAAUGUUUAGUAUUUAUCUUACACAUCUUACGUCACAUUCACCGA